ACACAUCCUCCUGUAUCUCUCUAAAACUAACAUUCAAAUUUCAAACGCUCUCUCUCUCAUCCACCUCCUAUCACCCGCUCGCGCCUAUCUAGGGUUUUCAACAAAGCACUGGCGGGAUCCCACACACCAGAUCUUAGUCCAAAGAUUUAGAUAAUUCACGCAAUUAUUAAACUCGAUAAUUGACCUUUCAAUCACUAAAAUCAGCCAACUCCAUGGCGGAAGAGCAAUCGUCGUCGGCGGCGGCGAGCAACGCUACUGGUACGGCGGCGGCGCUAGGACACUCAGUCAUACCAAUAGUGAAUAAACUGCAAGACAUCUUCUCGCAGCUCGGAAGCCAGUCAACGAUCGAGCUUCCGCAGGUGGCUGUGGUGGGAAGCCAGAGCAGCGGCAAAUCCAGUGUGUUGGAGGCGCUUGUUGGACGCGAUUUCCUCCCGCGUGGCAAUGAUAUCUGCACGCGCCGACCGCUGCUGCAUAACAAAAGUAAAGGCGACGGAACUGAAGACGAGUGGGGGGAGUUUUUGCAUUUGAAUGGGAGGAAGUUCUUUGAUUUCAAUGAUAUCCGGAGGGAGAUUCAGGAUUGCACGAUGGAGGAUAUCAAUCAACAUUUCUCUUAUCAUUUGUUAUUCUGUGGUGGAAAUUAUGUUUUGGGAUAAGCUCAGUACUGAAGCAAAUUAGCUUUUUCCAAGUGUUUCACUU